ACCACACAGAAUGCAAGACGACGAGACGAGCUGGGCGGGCGAUUUCGAUCCCUUUGCGGAUCCGGAGGAGCGACGGGUGCUUUUUGCUGCCUUGGAUUCUUUCCGGCAAUACCGUCGAACAGCCCAUCUCAACACCACCCAUCGCCGCCGGCAGGCCUUUUACGCCCUCCCCUCGGCCCACUGGCAGCUGCUCGCCGAGGCUCCUUUCUCCCUGCUGGACACCUUGAACAGAGUGGACGACGCUAUCGAUGUCAACGCCGACAUCGCAGACGCCGUCCUCGCCACAGGCCUACAGUCCUUUGGCUUACCCGCGGAUCCAUCGACUGAUCCAAAGCAAGAGGCUACUACCACCACCACCAACUGGCACGACACGGCCACUGCCGCGGAUGUGCAAAAGGCCCAUUCCACCAUCCGCCAGUUCUUCCGUGACUGGAGCGCCGAGGGAGCUCCCGAACGCGCGGUAUGCUAUGAGCCCGUGCUGCGCGCCCUGACUGCCGAAUUCGACCCCGGCGUGCGAUCCUCGACUCAUAUCCUCGUCCCGGGAGCCGGGCUGGGUCGUCUCGUCUUCGAGCUCUGCCGCGCCGGUUUUGCCGCCGAGGGCAACGAGAUCUCCUACCACCAGCUCCUGGCGAGCAGCUGGGUGCUGAAUCACACUGCGGGUCCCCGCCAGCAUUCGCUCUACCCGUUUGCCCUACACUUUUCGAACCUGCACUCACGCGAGCAACAGCUACAGGUCGUACAGAUUCCAGACGUGCACCCGGCGACGGAGAUGGUAGCAGCAGCAGCAGCAGCAGAAACCUCGGAGAAUACCAACAUCCCUGCUUUCGGUUCGAUGAGCAUGUCGGCUGCAGACUUUGUGGUUCUGUACAGCAGUGAAGCCCAACGGGAGGCCUUUGAUGCCGUUGCGACGGUAUUUUUCAUCGACACCGCACCAAAUCUGAUCCGGUACCUCGAGGCAAUCCGGCACUGUCUGAAGCCAGGAGGUGUGUGGGUUAACGUCGGGCCUCUUCUAUGGCACUUUGAGGACAGAGGUAGUCACAAACAUGAUGGUGAUGGUCACAGCCACAGUGACCAAGGAAUCGGCGAACCAGGGAGUGUCGAACUGACCGAAGAAGAAGUCCUCCACCUCAUCGAACGGAUGGGGUUCCGUCUCGAACAGCGCCAGGCAGCGGUCGAGCGGCCGAGUUGUGGAUAUAUCCAGGACAGGGAUAGUAUGCUUUUGAAUCUGUACAGGCCUUCAUACUGGGUAGCUAGAAAACAAUAGAGUAGAUGGUACCUA